UGUUCCCACACGUGGAGAACUUUUAACGAACACGUGAGGAAAAGACAGCAGUGUCUGUGGAAAAUCUGCCUCAACUCCGGCGUCCUGCCCAACCCCUUUCCUAACAGCUGGUUUGCUGUGCCCCGGGGGUCUUCGCCCCCUUCUACUGCUGUCCCAGCUGCGGGUCACACGCUUGGAACGCAGCUCUCCCGAGCGGCCCCACCCUGGGCACCCGGACGCGCGAAGCACCCGGCGGCCUUGCAACCCGUCUGCGCCUGCGCCCGCGCCCAGAGUUCCAAGACGGGGGCGGGGCCCUGAGGAAAGGGGCGUGUCUCUCGCCGGGCGCGCUGGGGGCGGAGCCGUGGGACCCGUGUGGUCCUGUGACCUGCGGGUUGACCUUCCCGAACGCUGGGUCCCGUGACGUCACCUCGCCGUGACGCGCACGCUGUAGGAAAACUGAUUAAUUGAAAGAAUUUACCACAUAUCUUAUGACUUUUUACUGGAACAUUGAGAGAUAGCCCAGAUUGAGGAUUCCCGUUGGCAUUGGGUUGGUGGGAGCAACCUUUUGUUGAAAUAGUUUUAGAAGAAAAUGUUAUGCUCUUAUGAAGCAUAAGAAUGUGUCAGCAGCUGCUCAUAAAUCAAUGGGGACCAGCACUGUGCCAGCACUGCCCACAUAGCAGAGUCUUUCAAGAAGUUACUAGGUGAUCCAAGAUUUAAAAGUUUGGUGGUCAGCAAUUUUAUGAAAGAUGGGAGCAUCUCGUGAUCAGUCAUGCCUUCUGGAACAAUACAGAGUGGAAAAGGUUUGCAGACCAAGAGUCAGUUUAGGACCAUUGCACCGAAAAUUGUGUCCAAAGUCCUAACUUCCAGAGUGCUGUCAGGCCCUUCGCCAUCACUCUCUAAUCAGGUGAAUCCAGGCCCCCCCAUCAGCUCUACACCACUGAGGGUGCCUGCCCAAAAUUAUGCCCUGAUGCAGGUUGCUGGCCAGAAGGGGACAUUUUCUCUUGUGGCGUUGCCUCAGGUUUCCUCAGUUCAGCCAGUCCAGAAACCCAGACUGCCCCUGCCUGAAAACCUUAAACUGCCUAUUCCUCGAUACCAACCCCCAAGAAAUAACAAAAGAUCAACAAAGAGCCCCAUUUCGAGCUUCUCUGAACGUGGCUGUAGCAAACCUCCUGCCCAAACCCAAACAUCUCCUUCCCCACCUGACUGUUCUGAGCCCCUGCCCCAGCCCAGUCCGUCCGAGCCAGUGCUGCCACCAGACCAGGCUCCAGCCAGCGUCAGCCCGGCUGCUCUGACCAGCGGAGGUGACCCCAGAGACUCUCGACCUCCAGUGACCAGUGACUGUGGAGACCCGAACCUUCCUGACACCCCAACAUCAUCCGCACCAGAGGAGCCCUCUGCCAGGCAGGGCUUCAUGAAGAUUUCAGGGAAAGAAAUCUUUGCAAGCAAAGAACCAUCCAGUAAACCUGCUGCUGUUGCCAGUGAAAAACAUAAAGAACAAGCUGACCUUGCAGAAGGCACAGUCAGGUUAUCGACAGCCAUUUGGGGUGGUUCACUCCAGUGGGUGCCCUCAGUCCCCAAAGGUAAACUGCCAAUCUUACCCCCCGUAAGUAUGAAAACAACAGAGGUUUAUAAAAGUGAGUCAGAUCUUAACAUUGUAGACUUUUCUUUACCUGGGCUCACGGUGCACUGGGAUAAGACAUCCACCAUCACCGAAGGCUUUGAUGCAGCCACCAAGAUGGCCAGUAAGGGACCUGGUCCACAGGUGUCAAAGCAGAGUCUCUGUAAAAGUGCCUUUUGUCCCGCUACCAAACUGGAGCUCAACCACAAAACAAAACCGAAUGGCGGGGCAACAAAGAGAAAAGGAAGAAAACUAAAGGUACCCGAUGAAAUCUUGUCAUUUCAGGGGAAAAGGAGGAAAUGUAAAAUAAUAAAAAAUGAUUCCCAACAACCCAGAGACCAAAAACCUGGGGCUUUGAAAAAAUAUCGUAGCAUUAUGCCUAAACCUGUCAUUGUCAUGCCCACUGUGGCUCCCUUGGGUUCUCCUGUGGCUAUAUUACCUUCCCAAAGGCCCAGCAGCCUAGGACAGGACAAUUUGUUAAAUAAUUCGCUCACUCCUAAAUAUCUCAGCUGUAAGCAGGACGACAGCCCUUCCCCUAAGCCCAGCUCUGCAUUCAGAAAUGGAUUCUCUGGUAUUAAGAAGCCUUGGCACAGAUGUCCUGUCUGUAACCACCACUUCCAGUUCAAGCAGCACCUUCGAGACCACAUGAAUACCCACACUAACAGACGGCCUUACAGUUGUCGAAUUUGUCGCAAGGCAUACGUGCGUCCCGGCAGCCUGAGCGCACACAUGAAACUUCAUCCCGGCGAGAACCGGCUGAAGAAACUUGUGUGCUGUGAAUUUUGUGCAAAAGUGUUUAGUCAUGUCAGAAUCUAUCUCGGCCAUCUGAAAGAAGUGCAUAGGGUUGUCAUCAGCACCGAGACCUCCCCCAGCGAACUGCAGCCAGGGGACCUGCCAAAGAACAGGGACAGGGAUGUGAAUGUGCAGAGAGAAAACAAAUCAAGCCUCGAUGAAGACCUUCUCCUAAACCAGGCAGACGAAGUCAAAUUACAAAUCAAAUGUGGCCGCUGUCAGAUCACUGCCCAGUCCUUUGCUGAAAUAAAGUUUCAUUUACUUUAUGUUCAUGGAGAAGAAAUUCAGGGCAGGCUGCAAGAGGAGAUCUCCCCAGGAAGCCAAGCAGCUGGCAAAGAGCUGGCUCAACAUGCUGCUCCUUCCUGGAAACAGCAUCCUGAAAGAAGAAAGCUGCCGCAGCACCGUCCCUCUGACGAAGAGGUGCAUGCAGUUCCUACAAUGACACCGCAACCCUACCUGCAUCAGCAGAAUGAAAAGGAAAUGCUCACAAAACAUGAAGGAGCCCAGCUGAGACCCGGCAAGCCAGAAGUCCCGCAGGGCCCUGCGAGUCCCAGCCCACACUCAGUUCUCCUUCAGUCCCCUUCCGGCUUUAACUGCAUCCUUUGUGCACAGACGCUUAGAAGGAAAGAAGAACUCCUCCUGCACUGGGAACAAGGGCACAAUUGUGAGGACCCUCCAAUGCUUUGGAGGAUUCUACAUGCACUCUCUAACCGGGGAGUGUCCGAACUUCCCAGCAAAACUGAAACAUGAAAGACUGGGGCCAGAGAGGUUAAACAGAGUUUUGUAUCACCUUUCUCUCAAAGUUCUUGCUUUAUGGUGGUGCUUAAUUAUAAAAAUCAAACAAGUUAGGAUUAGCAUUAAUAAGUGGGAGUGAUUUUGUACAUAAUUUUAUUUUCUUAUGAAAUAUAUACCCUUGAUGCAUAUAUUCUAACCAUAUGCAGUUUUAUUUUUAAAUUCUGUGCACUAAAUGUUAAUGUCUUAGACUUUAUUUCAGAAUGAAUAAAAAGAUCAAAAUUUGGAGACUGAAAUUAAAAGGAUUUUAGGCUGUUCUUCAAAUAUACUUUUCAGUAAA